GUUUUGAACGCGUCAUGAUUCGCUGAUAUUCUCGCGCCAGAUCUGUGGCAAGGAAGUUGUCAUUUGUCGUAAUUUCCUAGGACGGAACCACUGCAACAACAGUGCGGAGGAGAAGAGUAAGAGGCGCUCCGAACAGCAUUCUAGGCCUCCUAUGUCAUUGUUUACACCGUGAAAGGAGUUUUGUUUUUGCAUGCAUUAGACAAGCCCCCCUCUGAGAGAACUCGGGGGAAUUUAAGUAAUAGAAGCGGUAAACACCAACAACGAAGAUCCAAGUUGCAGUGGCCUAGUAACAGCAAAUCAAGCACCACGCUGGGUGUUAGCUAUGGAGGAUGUCUCCGCUGUAACGAUCAAAGGCGAGGGAGAUGAACAGGAGUCGGAAGAUGUCAGAGAACAUUUAACCAAGACCGAGAACAGCGCCAACAAGUCUGCCAAAGAUGACAGUACCGAUGGGGAUGGGCUUUUCCGCUGUCUGGAUUGUGGAGAAGCAUUUGGGGAGGAGGCGGCCUACCAGGAGCAUCAACAUGAGCACAUCCAUGAUGGCCCAAUAGUCUGCCUAGACUCUGACUCCCAGUUGGAUGGCUUGCUUGUUUCAGAGAGUGGGGGCCAACGGACACUAUGUUGCGCUCUUUGUGGGCGCAAAUUUGCAGACUCAAGGGGUUUUUACUCACACCAGGCCAAACACCGUAAUGAAGCCCUCAAGCAGUCAACUCCUGUUUUGCAAUCAACUCCUGUGGCCCAGUCAACAGCUGGGCCCCAGUCAACUCCUAAUCAGAGCUUGGGGGUGGCUAAGCAGUAUGUCUAUGAAUGUGAAGACUGUGGUAAAUCCUAUACUUCGAUGGGCUCUUUCAUCAGUCAUACACGCUCACACAAGCAAGCUUCCAAAUCAGUUUUCCAUGAGCUGGCACACCUGAAAAAGAAGUCCUUUGAGUGUCAAACUUGUGGUCGCUGUUACUCCCGUUCAUCAGCUCUAGAUGCUCACCGCCGUUGUCAUGAGGUCAAACUAAUCCCAAAGUCCCGCAAAAGGGGUGCAGAGAAGCAACCACCCGCAGAGGAGCCUGCCAUUGCAACAGAGGACAGCAACAAAGCUUUUGAACAGGUAGAUGAGGCACAGGAAAAUCUGUUUGGGUGUUCAUGUGGCAAAACAUUUCGCUCCCAGUCUGGCCUGAAAACACACCAACGAUUUAGCCACAAUGAAAAAUGUUCUCCUGAAAAGCUUAAGAGAAAACCCAAAAAAUUUGACUGCAGUGAGUGUGAGAAGACCUUCAGUUCUUACGCCGGCAUGCUCUGCCAUCAACGCUAUCAUAUGAAACGAGGUGGUAGUGGUGGCAAAAGGUUUCCAUGUGAGGAGUGUGGCAAGGUCUUUACAACGCUCACAUUCUACUACAAGCACCAGCGUUUGGCUCAUACUGAAGAGACUCCAGCAAAGUCUUUCCUUCAUCAGGUUUGCCAGCUCCAGAAGAAAGCGUUUGAGUGUCAGGAGUGUGGGCUCCGGUUUUCCAGGGCCUCAGCUCUCCAGUCCCAUCGGCUUUGCCAUAACGAUGUUUUUGGACAGACUGAGAAAGAAUCCCAGACACAAACAUCCCCACUACCUCAACAUAAGCUAUUACUGGAUAACAAGACAGAAACUGAAACAUUUUCUUUAGGGGCCAUUGUCUACCCACAGGACACCUCUCAGACCCUUGUGACUGAGAGAGACCCCUGUUUCUGUGAAACUGAUGGCGAUGCAGAGGCUGAUGGAACUGAUGAUGUCAAUGUAGAGGUGAUCAGUAUAAGUGCCUCAGAUGGCUCUGUAAGGGAUGAAGAAGAGUCACUACAAGAACUCAACCCUGAUCUUGAAUUACUGUGUGAAUCAGACCAGGAUGGAAAAGAGGAGAUUGAUGAUGUGUUGUGUCCAAUGGAGUACAUCUCUAGUACACUUAAGUCUAAACCAGAGAUUGAUCUGAAAAUUGUACAAAUUGACUUUCCGCCAUUUGCAGGCGAAGGAGCUCGAACGGAGAAGGUUCAGGGACAAGACCCACCUAAAAGAUUUAACUGUCCUGAGUGUUACCGUUGGUUUACCAGUGUUGCAUCUUUGCGCUCUCACAAACUGUGGCACAGAGUAGAUGGCAAAAAACUAUGGAAUCCUGAAAAUGAUAUUUUCAAGUGCGAUGUAUGUGGGUUUGACACUACACAUCGCAAAACGUACCACAAUCACAUGCGAAAACACGAUGGCCGAAAACCACACAAGAGUUUAUUUUACCAGCUUGCCGGACUACAGAAGAAUAGCUUCAAAUGUGAGGUGUGUGGAAAGUGUUUCUCACGCAUGUCUGCCCUACACUCUCAUCAGCAACAGCAUCCAAAAAGCAAAGCUCAUCCAUGUCCAGAUUGUGAGAAGACUUACUCUAAUGCCAGUGGUUUGUACAACCACCGCAAAAGCUGCCACGCUCCAACCCCCACCCCAGAUGAAGUAUCAGAUACUAAAACUGAAGUGUUUAAUCCAAAGAAGACUUUAUUAGGCCCAACGGUUUAUUGCGAGCGAUGUGGGAAGGGCUUCUGGUCAUUGGGUGCUUACGCUCACCACAAGCAGAAUCAGGCUCAGUGUGCACAUUUGAAGGAGAAGAAUGAGCCAACGGUGUCUUCACAUUCUGUCAAUGGCCCUCCACAUGUUCGUGGUAAAGUUGCUUGCCCUGUAUGCGGAAAGAAAUUUCGUCACCAAGGCAUUAUGAAAUCUCAUAUGAGGAAGCACGAGAAUGGGAAUCAUAGAUGUGAGCUUUGUAGCAAGUCUUUUCGCAUGUUCUCAAGCCUCCUCAGGCACCAGGUUGUACAUAAUGCUGAAAUCCUCCCCCCUCCUAUCAAGUCUUUUCAACAUCAGGUAGAACAAGUGAAGAAGAACGCAUACAGCUGCCCUGAUUGUGGAAAACUGUUUUCACGAGCCAAGGCACUUAAAUUCCACAUGAAGAGCCAUGGUUAUGAGACCGACUACUCUGCCUCAUCACCUAAAUCUGCUCUUGAGCUAGAGGGGCUGAAGUGUUCUACAUGCCUUUACCAUUUCAGCAACAAAUCCUCAUUGCAUACUCACCGAAAACAGUGUGGCAAGAUAAAGACUGUCAGUAAAAGCUACAAGGAGGAUGUUGCCCAAAAUGACACAGUUCCUAAGGCGAAGAAGCUCAAAUGUCCCUCCUGCCCUUCUCUUUUCAACAAUUUACUGUCAUUGCAGUAUCAUCGAAAAGAAUGUGGCAAGCCGAGGGCAAUUGGAGGCUUGGAUGCCAAAGUGAAAGGAGGUUUAGAGAAGGUGUCAAAGUGCAUUGUCAAAGACCUUGUGAAAACAACUCGGUCAAACAACUCGGGCACUGAGAAAAUGACUAAAUCUGUUACUGAGAAGGAACGCGGUGAACAAAAGGAGACCAGUGAGUCCCAAACCUUGAAAGCUGCCACAAUCAACACAACUGAUUUGAAAUACAAAUGUAAAGAGUGUGAGAGAAGCUUUGCUGUUGUAGGAGCACUGAAUUUCCAUAAAAGGAUUCAUGUUCUGGGUCACAAGUCUAAAGUAAAACCAAAGCUGAAAUUUAAAGUGGCCGCAAACCCUGAAGAACCUAAGCAACCCAAAAAGGUAGAGCAAACAACUAAAGGCCAAUUCUGUUGUCCAGAAUGCGGAAGACGUUUUCUCUCCAAUGCAGCCCUUGGCACUCACAGACGAUGGCACACAGAUAAGAAGUUUGCUGGGUCACUGAUAAAAGAUGACAAUACAAAUUCUGUUGGGCACAAGUCAGUGGAUGAGGGACCUUUUCAGUGCAAGAAGUGUGGUAAGGGCUUCUUUUACCUGUGUGUUCUCCGCCGGCACCAGUUGUAUUACCCGCCAUGUCAGACCAAAGCCGAACCAGAGCCUGCAGCGGACACCAGCAUGGAAGGCAACCGCAAACCCUCACACGCUGAAUUUGCAUGUCCAGAAUGUAACACAACUUUCGUCAAGGGCUCACUUUUAGCAGCUCACUAUGAAAGUGAGCAUAACAAACCCAUUGAGUCUGCAGCUCUUCAGGGGGACCAGUCCAUGACCGUGUCCAUUGAAGAGGUCCCGGAGCAGCCUGCCACGUCACACAGCAAGUCUGAAGUCAUUCCAUUAAAGAAGCCAAAGCUUAAAUCAAAUCUUCACCAGUGUCCUCAUUGUGAUAUGAGCUUCUUGAAGGUUCGAGGCUUGCGUGCCCACAAAUGGCAGGCCCACUCCCAGGGCAAGAAGGUUAAGAGCAAGGGCACUUUGGCUGAGAGCAGGGACUCUGUUGCCAUUAACACCUUGGCUACCAAGGAAAAUGAACUGGUUAAUGAGAGUUACAGAAAGGACUUAGUUACAGAAAACAAAGGCACUGUUCUCAAAACCGAACACUAUGUUACAAAGAGUAAGAAUGCUGCUGGCAGAAGGAAGAAAAGUCGACCGGGUUUCAAAUCCAUCCCUUGCGUUGACUGUGGGAAGAGAUACAGUUCUUCUGGGGCACUCUAUAAUCACAAGAAGAUCUGUGGAGUGCUCAAGCAGGAAGUUAAUCCAGGAAUGGCAGAAGUAGUGGAAGAGGAACCCUCACCACCAACCCGCCUCUAUGAGCAGACAAUCAAAUGCCUCUUCAAGUGUGACAAGUGUGGAAAAGCUUUCCCAACUGAAGAGCAACUAGGAACCCACAAGGACUUGGCAAAGAGCCGACCUCAUUCUUGUGCCCUGUGCUGCCGUGGAUAUUGGACUGAGACUCAGUUGCAACAGCACCUGGCCUGGCACGACGAGGUCCGCCGACGACUACCAACAGAGCUUCGUUACAGACUCAGUGCUUCUGUAAGCACAGGGCCCGCCAAACUCAAUGUCCCUCUGCCUGAUUUGAAGGCGAAGUCAUCCCUCAAGCCACUACCUACACCCCCCUCCCGGCCACAGAAUAGCCACAAGUGCCAGCACUGUGGAAAAGCGUUUCUAUCUCCAGGUGCUCUGCAUAAACACGAGGCUCAACACGACAGCGAUGGCUCCUACCGUUGCUCCCUUUGUCCCCGGACCUUCAGUGAGAUUCGGGACCUCAUUGACCAUCACCAGGAAUGUAUGGGUGAUGACAAAGGGCAGAGAGAUCCCUACACUGCUGUCUCCUCAAGAGACACCGAUGGCCUUACUUGCAUUGAAUGUGGAAUGCGUUUCAGUCGAGAGUUGGAGUUGCACCAGCACUACAUUGAACAUGCUCGUGGAGCAUAUUAGAUUAACGAUGUAACUAAUACAAGUCAGGAGAUAUUAGAAGUGGAAUUUAACUUUUUCAUGCACUUAUGCACCUCUUUCUACUAAAGUUAAAUUUCCAGGGUGGACAUUUCUUUCUCCAGGGUAUUUUCAAGCACUAAGUGUCUAAGAGACUUGCUAAAUUUGACUAUUCUGAUUUGACUAUUCUAAUUAUAUCUAUAGAAUGCUGUUAACAUUAUUUCAAAUAUAUCCAAGUGCUUCUUUAGCUCUUGACACCAUUAUUUUAUCUUUCUCAGGUUUUAUUUCACACUGGACCUGUACAUAAAUGUAAAAUAGUCUAAACUCCUUUUAUCAGUUCCCCUGAUUUGAAAUGUGUCCUCUUGGUGUAGAAAUGUGUAGUUAUAGAGAAAGAGAAAGUUCGCUAAUGGUUCUCCAUGCCUAGAAAUUAUUACAUCCUGUACAGUACAGAGAUUUGUCUGUCAAGGUGGGCACUAAUUUAAGUUUGUUUUGCUUGACUUAGUAUAUGCAAGGGGAGAACGUGAGUCACCCACUUUCAGUAACAUGCACUUGAGUUUCUUUUGAGAAAUUAAUCAAGUUCUGGCUUUAACCUGUCUAUAUAAGAUGGAUGUUUAUAGUAUUAUUAGUACCUAUUUUUGUCUGUUUUCAUUUGCAAAAUAUUACCACACUAAUAUUGUAUCAUUAAUAAUUAGAAAAUUGAAUGUUUUCCUGGAUUUCACUACCAAAGUUCCCAAAUACUAACAGUUGAUUGUUACUUUUCUUUUACUUUCCUGUGUUGUGUAAACAUUUAUCUAUUGUAAUGAGUUUGAUUUAACAAACUGGUUUAGCAUUUGUUCAUGGAGUUAUAUUCCUUGUUGAUUUAAAUGAAACCUUAAAGUUUUUAGACUAUUGCUAAUCUUUUGAAGUCAUGAUCUUUAUGAUAACUCAUUUCAAUGUAACCUUUUCCUUGUACCUUUAAACUACUACUGGUGUCUUAUUAAUGCAGACAUGAAGAGUUUUAGUAAAUGGUUAAAACUGUA